GUUGCACGUGAAGAAGUUAAAAAUAUUAGAGUGUUAGAACGCAUUGAUCAAUUAAAACAUAAUGGAAUGUGGAGUUUUCAGCAAAUUGAAUCAUUUAGGGAUCCACCGAGGAAUUACACUCACUGGGAUUAUUUGCUUGAUGAAAUGACUUUAAAAAAAGAGCGAAAGUGGAAAAUUGCUGCAGCAUUCCAUGUGAGUCGUUGGGUGAAGGCGUGGUUUCAAGCCGAAAAUAAAGCAGAUCCCGAUGACGGAGUACAAGAUUUGAAUGAUCUUCCAGUAAACCAAUCGAUGCUUUCUGAUGAAGUAAUGAUUGAUGUCGAGUCAGUCGAUGAUGACUCGUCAACAAGGCCUGAUGCUAACCAAGCGAAUACAAAAAACAAUGAUUCUAUAAUAAUGCCACCCCCUAUAUCGCCUAGCGUUUUACUGACUUUGCGGCAAAGAGUUAUCAAUUUACCGGCAGAUGCAUUUUUAUGUUGUCUAGAUGGACCAGAUG